UAUUAUUAUAUGCUUAUAUUUAGUGAAAAUAGUUAAUAAAUUGCUAAUAUACUUAUAGUUUCCAAUUUUUGUGAUGAUAGGAGAAUAUACAUUGAGUUAUUAUUUCUCUCAAACGAGCACCCAAGUGCUCCUCAUUGUAUUAGAAGAAGCACCAAGAUGGCGCAAGUCUCACAACCUAAAAAAAACAAAACAUAAAACGUUAGGAAGCCAAAGGCAAACUAAAAACAAGAAACAGAGUACAAAAGGCAAAUAAAUGUACUGUACACUACCCUGGAACCUUGCAACUCUUAAGGAAUUGUCAGAAUGCAUAUGUCUGUCUGUAAAGCUCAUAUAAUACAGAUGUUGUUGGAAGACAUAUAAGUUUACUUCCGGUGAUUUUACACUAAGUUCAUUUGCCCCAAAAUUAAAUCUUGACAAACAUAACAUCGUUGGUGUGUGUUUUAAUCUACUGAGUGUUGAGAUGAGCCAAGACCCGUUAAUGAUAUUGACCUUGCUUUGCAUGAUGGGAGGUGGCAGCAGGCCUUAGGAGUUAGGAGCUAUAAUGUCAUGGAAACUUGAACUGUACCGUCCUUUCUGUAUGGCGUAAACUUCCUAAUAAUCUUGGCAAUUUAAGAUCACAGUUUAGUUUUCUGCUCUAAAAAUGUUGGAAGUCCACUAUGUUUUGCUGAUUUGGGUCACAAAAUUGAACUUCAAGGAUUUUUGAACUGCAAAUAACCCGACCGCUAACUGAAACGGGUGCCAAGUGCCUGUUGCAGAGCAGUUCAUGUUGACGUCUGGUGUAGCAAAGCCUAGCCAUGCCUACUGUGUUUCCUUAUGAACAGUAAAUAAUAAACAUGAUUUAUGGGGUGCCUAGCUUAUGAGCUAUAUAAAUCUUUGUUCUGCACUACAUGUGGAGCUGUAAAUGGGCUGAAUAUUCUUUUAUCAUAUUACCUAUAGAGUGUUCUACUUGCACUGUCUGCAGGGUUCAUCCCGCAAAUUCAUUUUGCCCACACACCUCAUCCAUAACAACUUCAUAACCACAGGCUUUGUCCGUUGAUACCAGAAGCGAAAGCACCAGCAAUCAAAGUCAUUCCCAAUCAACAGCACAUCUCCCAUAGAUGGUAGAACAGACGUGCAAAGCAAAAGAAGAUACCUGAAGUAAAGGGUCUGGACAUGGUUCUGAACUUAAGAAACACUCAAACAAUACAUUCCUCAAUGGAAUUCUACCAUCCUUGCCAGCUCAAGAAAAUGAAAGAGAAGACUAGCUAGGCUUACGUUUCCCAUCCCACGUUAUGCUUUUGUCACGUCAUCUCGCUCACCGAGAUUUUCCGGCCCUUUUUGUCAGACAGCGCGGAUUAGAUCAUUAGAUGCCAGAGCAGACAUGCAAAGCAAAAGAGGAUGAUAAUUGAUACAUGAAGUAAAGGGUUCGGACAUGGUCCUAAAAUAAAGGAACACUCAAAGAGUACAUUCCUGAUUGGAAUCAUUCCAUGCUUGCCAGCUCAAGCAAAUGAAGGAGUAGAAGACAAACUAGCUAGGCAAUGCUGUAUAGGUUCUUUUUUCUUUUUGAGAAGAGGCCAGAAAAAGUUUAGAUGCAUGCUUGAUAACCAUAAUGCAUUGUCAUGUGUCCUCUUUGGCUAUGCUCCUAGCUCCUCCAUUCUCUCGGUUGACCCUUUACUUCAUGCACAAGCACAGCCAAUAAUACAAUAAUAGCUUGCUGGACACACACCGGCAGCAGCUGCGAUGGCUGAGCUCGCGUCUGGCGCCGUGAGCUCGCUGCUGGGCCUCCUCCGAAACGAGGCGCUGCUGCUGAGCCGCGUCGGGAGCGACUCGGAGUUCAUCAAGGAGGAGAUGGAGAGCAUGCACAGCUUCCUGGAGCACCUGUCCAGGACAGUGCCUCCUGCCGGGGGCGGUGGGCACGACGAGCAGGUGCGCACAUGGAUGAAGCAGGUCCGGGACCUGGCCCAUGACUGCAGCAACUGCAUCGACCUCUACCUCCGGCGCGGUGAUCCGGCGGUCUACCGUGCCAGGGCCGGCCGCUGGCGCUACCUCUGGUGGGCUUCCUGGUUGGUGCAGAGGAUGGUCGCCCAGCACAACGCGGCCAUUCGGCUGCGUGAGCUCAAGGAGCGGGCACGUGACGUAGGCAACCGUCGGUUGCGGUAUGGCGUGGAGAUCCCGCGGAAGGAGGCGGCGGCAUCUUUGCCACCGUCGUCGUCUCAAGCUGCUGCCACAGAAUACAAGGAGGAGGACGACUAUCAGAUUCAAGUGGCCGACGGUUCUGAUCCCCAUCAAAGGGCUCUAGAACCUCGCCUUGUAGAGGAGUACUGUGCCGAGAAGCUAGCCAACUGGCAGGAAUUGCAAGCCAAAACCAACAACUGUAUAUCCAUGGCAUCCAUCACCAUUGUUGCGCCAGAUGAUACAAAGGGUGCUGGUACCGUCGCACAUGACUCUUUGAGGUUUGCCGCCAACAACUUUGAGCGCACGAUCUGGGUCAAUCUCUCGGCAUUGCACUUCCCAUGGGAUCUUCCUCUGUUACCCAGGGAGAUCCUCUCCUACAUCCUGCAUGAAUGUGGGCAGCAGGAAGUCACAGGCGGACAAAGCGAGGUUAAUAAUCCUCGGGAAGGUUACAAUUACAAAGCAGGACUCGAGUUCGAAAUGUGGAAGAUGGUUAAUAAUGGAGAAAUCCGCGACAAGAUUGAUCAAAUCAGGAACAAGGUUCGAGAAGUUGGCAAGGGGGAGAUUGGAGGAGUGGAUAGAGGGAAGGUUGAAGAAAACAAGUGCUUAGGCAUAUUCCACCAUGCGCUGCGGCUCGUGCUGAACACGCCGGUUCAGCCACUAUCCUCAGAGGGGACUAUAGAGGAAACUGCUUCAUUGCUGAAAGAUCAUAUGGAAACAGGCGAGUCCAAGACCCAGAUUCAUCUCGAUAAUAGCCAAUAUGAAGAUAUCCUGCGCAAGGUGUUCCCGACAAACAAGCCCCUGCAGUCCCAGCAGACCCAGGAAGCCACCACCAGUAGUGCUACUACACUGAGCGAGGCUCACAUCAAAGAAAUCAUCCACAACCACAAGAUUACUCUAGACAUCAUAUUGGGGCUGCUUCCCAAGCCACAGCUACUGGAAGGCACCUCUACCAAGGAACAAGCCAUUGAUGCUGCUGCUUCUGUCUCCAAGGAGAUAUCAGGGGAGGCGACCGGUUCUGCUGCUGCUGCUGCUGUUAUCAAAGAAACCAAGGAGAAAACGAAGGAGGUAUCAGAGGAGGUGACCAGUGCCAUUGCUUCUGCUGUCAUCGAAGAAACCAAGGAGAAAACGGAGGCAUCAGGGGAGGUGAGCAGGGAUAUUGCUGCGGCUGUUGUCAAUCAAACCAAGGAGAAACUCAAGGAGCUAUCAGCGGAGGUGACCAGUGCUAUCGCUGCUGCUGUUAUCAAGGAAACCAAGGAGAAAAUGAAGGAGAUGGACAUUACCGGUGCUAUUGCUGCUGCUGUCAUCGAAGAAGCAAAGGAAAAGAUGAAGGGAAUAGUAUCAGGAGAGGUUGAGGCGACCAGGAUAGUGGAUAAGAUUAAGCCGCGUCUGGAAAAUAAGAAGACCCUGAUUAUCCUCCAAGAUGACAAAGACUAUGUUUCAGCCGAUUUUCGGUGGGAGGAGACCAGAAAUGCUUUGAAUUUGUUAGGCUGUGCACCUGGCAGCGCAGUGAUUGUGUCCACAAAGAAUAGUCAAAAGGCCAAAGAUUUUUGCUAUCCACCAGGAGAGCCAAUAACCUGUUCUCUAGUUGGACUCUACCAUGAUACCGUGCUCCAGCUUAUAAAGCCACGGAUGAAUAAUGGAAAUGAUGGCGACAUCGCAGGAAUUCUACGUGAAAUCUUGGCCAAGUGCCAUCCACAUGAGUUCUGCAUGAAGAUCUUCGCAUACGCUCUUUACGCUAAUCCCAACAGGAGCUAUGAAGAACUGUGCAAGUUAAAUGAAGAUCUGGUUCCUGCCAAGACAUUUGGCACUAGAGCUAAGAAUAUGAUCAAGUUCUCCUACAAAGAUCUGCCUAGAGAACACAAGACUUGCUUGCUGUACCUAGCCAUCUUUCCUCAAGGCCACAACAUCAGGAGAUCAACCUUAAUUGGACGAUGGGUCACGGAGGGGUUGAUAACUAAGCAAGACUGGGCCACUGCAGUGCAGCAUGCGGAGCAAUGUUUUGACACCCUGAUUAAACGAGGGCUUAUAUUGCCUCAUGAUAUUGGUGCUGCAGGAAAGGUCAAGAGCUGCAUGGUAGGUGAUCAAGUGCAUGGGUUUAUCACCGAGGUCGCAGAAAAAGAGCACAUUCUGGAUGCACGCCUUUCUGAUCUUUGGGCUCGCCACUUCUCCAUCUUUAGUGGUCUCCGACUCCGUGCCUCUGAUGGCAUCGAGAAGUUUGUAUACAAGCUCCCCAAAUAUUCACCACAACUGCCGCUCCUGAAGGUGUUAGAUCUAGAAGGCACUCAAUGCUAUGACAAAAAUCACUACCUCAGGGACAUUUGCAACAAGAUAUUACUUCUCAAGUAUCUGAGCCUAAGAGGAACAAAUGUUAGAUAUCUACCCAGUGAAAUAAACAACCUCCAUGAGCUAGAGGUAUUGGAUAUCCGGGAAACUAUGGUGCCUGAGCGUGCAACAAGGAAUAUCCUACUGCUGAAGCUGAGGCGCUUCUUGGCUAGCCGUGUUGAUCCAAAUUCAAGACCCAAUGAUAAGUCGCCACGCUUUCCUGUCCAGAUUCCUUUCAAGAUUGAGAAAAUGGAAAAUUUGGAGGUACUAUCAAGUGUCAGGGCUUCAGGGGAUGGCCGUGAGUUGAAAGAGAUAAGACAUCUAUGGCAGCUAAGGAAGCUCGGUGUGGUUAUUGAAGACAGAAACAAUCACCUCGAGAGGUUGCUUCGAGCCAUCGGUGACCUAAAAUAUUGCCUUCAGUCCCUUUCAAUCACUAUAUCCUACAGCACCAGAACUAAGAGCACUCUCUCCAACAAAGAGAUGUAUGAUCUGUUAAGACAAAGUCCCAAGCAUCUUGAGAGCCUAAGCAUCAAUGGAGUCACACAAAGUGGGCAGCUCCUUGAAGUGCUGGCCAAAGGUAGCGAUGAACUUGCCAAGGUAACUCUGACUGGUACCUUGUUGGAAGAGCGUGAUCUGAUGGUCCUUGCCGUGCUUCCCAAAUUACACUCUGUCAGACUCCGAUCCAAUGCAUACAAUGGGAGAGAGCUCACCUUCAAGAAGGAUGUAUUUCCACAACUCAAAUACUUUCUUGUUGAGGGCUCCAACAAGGCUGUGACUGACAUCAAGUUUGAAGAUGGAGCAACUACUGAGCUCGAGAAGAUUGUUUUGUCCUCCACCAACAUAAGGUUUCUUAGUGGGAUCGACAACCUUCCAAAAUUGAAGGAGCUUGAAUUGGAAGGAAACCAGUCCCUACUUUCAUUUUCUCAAGACAAAGCAUCUCCUGAGCAAAGCGCCGAGAGUGGAUCCGCUGAGCAGAACACAAAGGGCGAAGCUACCCAGCGAAACACUCAGAGUAGGGCUCCUGAACAAAACAGCGAGAGUAGAACUCCUGAGCAAAACACUCGGAGCAGAGCUGCCGAGAGAAUCACCGAAAGCAGAGCACCUGAGCAAAACAACGAGAGUAGAGCUCCUGAGCAGAACACUGGGAGCAGAGCUGGUGAGGAAAUCACCGAAAGUAGAGCAGCUGAGCAAAACAGCGAGAGUAGAGCUCCUGAGCGAAACACUGAGAGCAGAGCUGCCGAGGGAACCACCGAAAGCAGACCACCUGAGCAAAACACCGAAAGCGGAGCAGUUGAGCAAAACAGCGAGAGUGGAACUCCUGAGCAAAACACUCGGAGCAGAGCUGCCGAGAGAAUCACCGAAAGCAGAGCACCUGAGCAAAACAACGAGAGUAGAGCUCCUGAGCAGAACACUGGGAGCAGAGCUGGUGAGGAAAUCACCGAAAGUAGAGCAGCUGAGCAAAACAGCAAGAGUAGAGCUCCUGAGCGAAACACUGAGAGCAGAGCUGCCGAGGGAACCACCGAAAGCAGACCACCUGAGCAAAACACCGAAAGCGGAGCAGUUGAGCAAAACAGCGAGAGUGGAUCUGCUCAGCAGAACACAGAGGGCAGAGCUGCUGAGCAAAACAUUCAGAGUAGAGCUCCUGAACAAAACAACGAGAGUAAAGCUCCUGAGCAAAACACUGGGAGUAGAGCUGCUGAGGGAAUCACUGAGAGUAGAGACCCUGAGCAAAGCAACGAGCGCAAAGCUCCCGAGCAAGACAGUCAGGGUGCAACUCCGAAGAAGAGCACCGAGAUUAGUGCUCUUGAUCAGAACACUGACACCAAUAGUAAGUUCAUCUUCAAGACAGGAAAGUUCCAACAUCUCAAGUAUUUUCGUGUUGAGAGCUCCAAAAUGAUCAACGUCAUCUUUGAAAAUGGAGCAGCUCCUGAGCUCAAGAAGAUUGCCUUGUCCUUGACCGACAAACAACACCAGCUCCGUGGGGUUAGUCACCUUCCAAAACUGAAGGAGAUCGAGUUGAAGGGUGAGAAGUUCCUUUCAUUAUUUGACAAUGCUGAUAAAAUUGACAACGCUGAUAAAAUUGCCAAGGUGACUCUUUGUGAUACUCACCUGAAGAAGGGAGAUGUACAAAUCCUUGCCAAGCAAGAAAACCUGCGCUGCCUAGAGCUCUCAAUCAAGUCUUAUGAUGAUGAGGAAGGCCAUCUAGUCUUCCACAAAGAUGAGUUCCCAAAUCUUGACCUUCUUAUUGUUGAGUGUCCUACCAUCAGCAGGAUCAGCUUCACCGAGGGAUCUGCUCCUAAGAUUGAAAAGAUUGUUUGGUCCUUCAAGGAGAUGAAGUCUCUCUUUGGCAUUGACAACCUUCCGAGACUGAAGGAGAUUGAGUGCAGUGGUGACCAGGUCCCAUAUCAGGUGAGAAGAGACGUUGCAGCGCAUAAAGCCCGACCUGUUCUUACACACAAGCCACAAUAACAAGACCAAGCAAAAGAAACGAGCACAACAAAAAAGGACGAUGAUACAAGGUGCGCACCAAUCUCCCGCUUCUUGAAGAUCAAGAAUAAAAAAUUUGAAAAGAAGGAUGAAGAAUCGGCGCUGGUUGACUGAGAAAAGGUUUGCAAGGAUUUCACUCUCCAUCAUCCGCAUCACUAUCCAUUCAUAUCACUGCUUCCCAGAACUGCAGGCCUGUUUGUCAUGCUAUCCAUGUGCGUGCUUGUCAUGGUAUCUCCUUCAAUCCCUUGUGCUUGUGUGCAUGUAUGUUUUUUAAUUUCCAUCAGAGUUGUGUGCAUGUUUGUGCCUGUUGUGUAUGUGUUCUCCUUCAGUUCAUUCUGAGCGGAGGAACACUUGUAUCAAUGAUGAAAACUGGUGUGAGGAGUAACAGAAACUGUCACAUAAUAGUUGUCAAAUAUUGUCAUUCUGUGACGAGUCAAGCGAUUUCGUCAUUGUGUUCUUGUAAUGGCUGAUGUAAGUAUGCUAUCCAUAUGCGUACCUGACAAGAAUAAUCUAUGAUGA